AUGGCAUCAUGGAUCUGUAGCGUAGAGUGCAACUUCGCCUGUGUUAAAUUGAUUAACUUUGACUCGGAGAUCCAGUCCCUGUCCUCGGACACACACACUGACGACUCAGCCUCCCUCGCAGACUACUCAACCACACACUCCAUGGGUGAAACAUCGUUACUGUUCGCUGGUGGUCCAGUGGCAGCCUGCUGUGCAGGUAGUGGUGGCAUCGGGCUCUCAUCUGCUUCUUCUUUGGGGAGGAGACUGCAGAAACACAACAGGCGAGGAGGAGGAGGGGAUCAGCACGUGAGUGGAAGCAGCAGCAGCAGCAGACGUAACAUGACUGCCCACUCAAUGGCUCAAUACAAUGGCUCCCACAGUCGCAUGUUUCCCCCCAUGGCAAAUCCUGUACAGCCACACAUGACAGUAUCAGCUGUUAGAGGCAGCCACAGCAGAAGUGCUGCUCUCCAACAACAACAGAAUCAACAACAGCAGCAGUCUGUGAGUUUGAGUGAGCAGAGUCUGAGUGUGAGUGAGUUCGCAGCCCUGCUCAUCCAGAAACUAGAGGUGGCCAAGGCGGAGAAGGAGAGAGAGGCUCAACAUCAUUAUCAUCACCAUCUGGACUGUAUGGAUGUGAACUCGGCCAACAGUGCCUCCAGCUCAGAUGGCGGUCAUCUGCAAGUAGCCAUGCCCAAGUCCAAACAUCACCAAACUAACAACCCGAUGAGCAGUCGAUGUAUGUGGCACACGAGUAGUCAGCAGCAGAAGAUGAGUCACCAUAAUCUCGCCUCUGUCUCUUGUCCCGGAGUUGAAGAAGAUCAAGUCAGGGAGGAUCCUGAGUCAAUCAUCGACAAUCAUGUUUCUAGGGUGUUUUGCGACUCCAACCAGAGCCCGGCGAAUGCCCGAUCGAAGACCCCUGACCGAUACUCCACCCACGCACUCCAACGCCAGAUACAUCACGCGACCCCUCUGAACAGCCAGGCGACAACACAUCUGCAGCAGCAGCACAAAUGUUCCAGUUGUGGCCAGAACACGUCCGUCGGAGCUACUGUUUCAGCCAACAGUAGUGCCAGUUCUGGUGCAAAUGGAACUGGAAUGGGCUAUAGAAACAUGCAACAGCAAACAGGAUCGGGCAAUGGGUCCAUGGUGCCGGGAUACAUUAUGCCGCCGCCAUCAUCAUCUACGAGAUACAACAAGCAAUUGCUCUGUGGCCAUGAUAUGGGAGUCGUCAGUGGACAGUCUGCAUCCGGGUCUGGCACAGUUGGCUACUACAGCCAGAAGUCCAGAGGAUCUCUGGGUGCCACAGGGGGAGGAGGAGGAGGAGGUGUUCACAGGAAGAUCCUGGCGGAGAGUUCGAGUAGCAAGUCGACCAGUUCGGGCGUGGACUCUGGAGUGUAUGAUGCUCAAAGUCUGGGCUCGUCCGACAGCUACGGUGGAAAACAUGCGAUGGUGACUCACUGGGUAGAGACACACAGACAGAGUCGCAGCCACCAGUUGACCAAGCCAGAGAUGAACUUGGCUGCCACUACUUCCACCACUCCUCAGGACCCCACCUCAGCCUCCAGCCAACCACUCCCUGCCAGUUCCUCCUCACGACGUCCACCAGGAUCCAGAUCCUCGGCAGCAACAUCCCAGAACCGCCACAGGUGGGCAUCAGUCUCUCCCGGUCCCCUGAACGCCGCCGCCACCACCCGACUGUCUUUUGUGUCGAUGGCGGGGGCAACCCAGCUGCAGCAGCAGCAGCCAUUGCAUCACACCCUGAGCACGAGUAACACACUAGCAUGCAAUCAGCAACAACCUCACCAGUUGUCCCUGUUCAAUCCAGCAAGUGGUACGCUGCCGGGUAACGCACACCAACUAUCGCAACACUACACACACGCUAAUAACUGCAACACGCUUCCACCGAAUGCAACUUCAACAUCGAAUCAGGGGGGACUUUCCUCGACACGGCGUUCGCCAGUCUCUAAUUCAAACAAUCAGCUUACUGCGCAAAACACCCAAUUGAACAACACUCAGGGAUCACUGAACACUUCCCAGGUGGCAGGGGGUAGUAGUUCGAAUCCCAGCUUGACUGUAGCCCCGUCUGGUGCGUCUUCUAGUGGCCAUCAGACAGUGGUGGCGUACUACUUCUGCAAUGAGACAAUUCCAUACAGGACAGUGGUGCCAUUCAAGAAUGUGACACUUGCACAGUUCAAAGCUCUCUUGACUAGGAGAGGGAGGUUCAGGUAUUUCUUCAAGAUGCGCAGCAAUGAGAUUGAGUUGGGGGGAGUUGUGCAGCAGGAAAUCACGGAGGACGAAGACGUGUUGCCACUGUUCGACGGGAAGGUCAUCGGCAAAAUUGAGAAACAGUAGAUCACCCACACAUCCCCCUUCUUCCACAGAUGCACAGCAGCACACACAAACACACACACACACACACACACAUCCCGUAUCUAUCAAUUAUUUCUAUCAUUCGCCUACUAAUUUGAAAUCCGUUUCUACAGACUUCUUGCUUCUGUUUUCAUUACCAAAAGCAGACUCCUCACUUCAUGUUUUAUCCAUCUUUCUUCGAAGGAUCAUCAAUUAUGAUAGCAAGUUGACGACAACCCGACACAAGAGAAAUCUACCACCAGAACAUGGUUGACAGUUACUGAAGAAAAAACAAAACAUCAGCAGGGUCAAGUUGAGCAGAUCAGUUGGAACUGGCAGCAGAUUCAGAAACUAACAAUAAUUGCGAGUCUAACGCAUCCUUCUUUUGUUUGCGUAAACUCAGUCAAUUGAUUUUAUGUUCAAUAAAAAACUCUGCAUCAAAGUACGAACCAUAGCGUUACUAGUAUGCCCUGUCACGAAAGUUCUUUGUUUAUACGAGCGGAGCGCA